GCAGGGCUGGAGGAGGAGGGGGGUUGGUCCGGGAGAGCAUGGCAGCAGGAGCCACUGCGCCGCUGACUUGGUUUGCUUCCCCCAGAUCCAGAACACCGCGUUUCGUGCGCUCUCGGUUACGUGGCGGAGCGACUCGUCAGGGGGACAUUUGACCUGCAGAUUUGUUGCGUUUACGCGCAGCGGAGAGGCUUUUUACGGUUGCUGUUUGUCGGCAGGACGGGAGAAGCUCGGGCAGUCGCCGGAGCUGAAGCUACUGGUUUCUUGCGAACAGGCGGAGAGACCGAACCCGGAGCGGAGAGAGCGAACACCGGGACUGGGUUCUUUUUUUAAAUUUUCUGCACCGAGGAACAUUUAUUUCUCUGCUUUAUUUUCCUCUGCGCACCACAGCGUUGCCUCCUGUUUGGAAAAAUUUAAUGCGAGUUGGAGAAACUGUGGAGAAACUGUGCCGGAGGUGGACUGUCGAGCAGAAACAGUGUUCUGUGUCUUUACCAGAAGAGUUUCAAUGAUCGGACUGUUACACUGAGCGUUAAAAAGAAGAGAAAGAGAAGCUUUAAUUUGAGUUAAAGGCAGAGGAAGGAGCUCCGUCUGAGAGGGGAAUUAAAACGCGCAAAGUGGACUGUCAUCUCUACGCUUCACCAGAACCUUUAAACCUGAACCAGGAGAAUCGAUUUUCGCUUCCAGAGCAAAUAUGCCGCAGGUGGAAAUGAUCCUCUUCCUCCUCCUCAUCAUUGGGAUGUGUGUGUACGGCCAGGACCCGGCUUCCAAGGUGGUGUCCGACCGCUACGCCGUCUUCUGGAACCGGACCAACCCCAAGUUCUACCGGGGCGACUACCACAUCGACGUCUGCAUCAACGACUACCUUGACGUCUACUGUCCGCACUACGCCAGCCCGGUAUCGGACGACCGGGCCGAGCGUUACGUCCUCUACAUGGUGAACUACGACGGCUACAGCUCCUGCGACCACACCGCCAAGGGCUUCAAACGCUGGGAGUGCAACCGGCCCCUGUCGCCGAACGGACCGCUCAAGUUCUCCGAGAAGUUCCAGCUCUUCACUCCCUUCUCCCUGGGCUUCGAGUUCCGCCCCGGCAGAGAGUACUAUUAUAUCUCCUCCAUCACCGACGACAAAGGAAGACGGAGCUGCCUUCGACUCAAAGUCUUCGUCAGGCCUCAGAACAAUUGUGUGAAAAGCUCCGGCAGCGUGCAGGAAGGAGUCGACUUCGACGACAACAGUCACAACUCCCUAGAACCCAGAGACGGCAUCAGCCACGAGUCUCCGGAGCCGGCGAGGCGGGACGUGAACUCCGCCGGUCGGCGCCAGACUUCGCUCGUCCUGCUCAGCUCCGCCCUCAUACUCCUGGCGGCCAUCUUGUCUUUAUAGCGCCCGGUCGCAGAAACCCCUCCCCCCCCUUGCCCAGGAAUGGACUGUCCUGAUUGGACCACAGGCCGCUCUACCCUGCAAACCCCUCCCCUCAAGGAGCACUUUUUAAAAAUCAAAAAACACUGACAAUCUCUCUCGGCGAGAAAAAAAGAGAGAGGAAGGGACUUCGACACCGAAGCUUUUGUUGUUUUUAUUUGUUUUUGUUGUUGUUUUGUUUUUGUUUUCGACUUUGUACAAUGCCUAGCGUGAAUCUUGACUUUCCGGUGGGUGCCGGCGGUCGAGGCACCCCGAGGUGAAAGCGUCUCUCGCCUGUUCGCCUCGCUGCCGUUCACAGUAUGCAGAUAUCACACCAGUCGAUUUGCGUUUAGGACGAGCACACCGACAUGCUUUUAAACAUUUAAACACGCAAACUACACAAUCAGACACUCAUUAGCUCGAAUGGAAGCACAGCAGGAGCCCUCAAAAGUUUACAGAGUUUUUCAUUCUGUUUUUUUUUUUUCUGGCGUGCGUGUGUGUGUUCAGGACCAUCGCGUAACUUCCGACAUGUAACAUGAUUUAAUCUCACUUUGGAUUCUUUUUUUUUUUUUUUUUAAAAGAAGAGCGAUACGGAAAACAAGGAAGGAUGCUGUUGCUAGGAGACUGUUGCUAAGGGCGUGAGACAAUGAUGACUUAACCUUUCUCUCAGGUUAAAAAAAGAAAAAGAAAAAAAAAAGGAUGCAUCGUCUCAGACUGUGGAGGACCCUGGUUGAGAGAGAGAGAAAAGAAAAAAAAGAAGAUUUAAAGAAGCACUCAUCUUUUAGUGUUGGGAUAGAAGCGAUUUAAUGAUCGAUUAAUGUAUUUGUUUCUUUGUUUUGUUUUGUUUUUUAAAAAAUAAAUCACAUAAUUCAAUUGUAGCAGCCAACACGGGUGUACAGUAAAAUAUUUGAACGUUAGGAGUCGACGUGGUAAAAAAAAAAAAAAGUGUAUUUUCCUAUUUAUUGUGAAGUCCUUGUGCUUUUUCUGUUCCGGUUUAGUCUGCAAGUACAGUAGAGAGGCAAUAAAAAACACGUACCCGUUAGUUCAUGUUACACGCAACAACAACAACAAAAAAACACCGUUUCUGUUUUGACUGAUGGCUGAAGAUGAUGUUUUGCUUUUUUUUAAAAAUAGUUUUUAACAAAGUCCAGGACAGAAGAAGAAGAGAAAAAAAAAAGAUCAGGGUGUAGAAGUCGUAGAAUAUUUGUGUUUGGAAUUUGUCAUUAACGAAUGUUCACAGAUGUAGUUUUACUGUUACACUAUUUGUUUUUUUGUGAAUCACUGUCAUAACACAACUGUUGUAAAUAGAAGAGGCGAAUUUCCUACAAAGUUCAGGGAUGUGUCCAUGCCUAACAUGAGGUUUUAAAAGAAAAA